UUGAGUGCUGCUGCAGAUGAAGCCUGUCAGUAUGUGGAGAGAGUUGUGGGUAAAAACCCGUUACUCCUGAGAGAGCUGAAUCUGAGUUAACAUGAACUAGGAGACACACGAGUGAAUCAGAUCGCUGCUCUACUGCAGGAUAAACACUGUCGACUCAAAACACUGACUCUGUGGAGAUGCAGUAUUACAGAGAAACAGUGUGUCAUCCUGACUUCAGCUCUGAAAUCAAACCCGUCACACCUGAGAGAGCUGAACCUGAGCGGGAAUAAACUAGGAGACUCUGGAGUGAAAAACCUCAGUGAUCUACUGAUGAACCCACAAUUCAAGCUGGAGAAACUACAUCUGUUUAGAUGCAGUAUUACAGAGAAACAGUGUGUCAUCCUGACUUCAGCUCUGAAAUCAAACCCGUCACACCUGAGAGAGCUGAACCUGAGCUGGAAUAAACUAGGAGACUCUGGAGUGAAAAACCUCAGUGAUCUACUGAUGAACCCACAAUUCAAGCUGGAGAAACUACAUCUGUAUGAAUGCAGUAUUACAGAGAAACAGUGUGUCAUCCUGACUUCAGCUCUGAAAUCAAACCCGUCACACCUGAGAGAGCUGAACCUGAGCGGGAAUAUAAUAGGAAACACAGGAGUGAAGCACUUAUGUGUCGUACUGAAGGAUUCACACUGUAAACUGGAGAGAUUGAGACUCUCUAACUGCAGUGUAACAGAAGAAGGUUAUAAAGCUCUGGCUUCAGCUCUGAGAUCAAACCCUUCACACCUGAUAGAGCUGGAUCUCACAGGAAAUGAUCCUGGACAAUCAGGAGUGAAGGAGCUCAGUGAUUUACUACAGGAUCCAAACUGUCAACUGAAGACACUGAGUCUGAGUGAAUGCAGUAUUACAGAGAAACAGUGUGUCAUCCUGACUUCAGCUCUGAAAUCAAACCCGUCACACCUGAGAGAGCUGGACCUGAGCAGGAAUAAUCUAGGAGACUCUGGAGUGAAAAACCUCAGUGAUCUACUGAUGAACCCACAAUUCAAGCUGGAGAAACUACAUCUGUAUGGAUGCAGUAUUACAGAGAAACAGUGUGUCAUCCUGACUUCAGCUCUGAAAUCAAACCCGUCACACCUGAGAGAGCUGAACCUGUGGGGGAAUAAACUUGGAGACUCUGGAGUGAAAAACCUCAGUGAUCUACUGAUGAACCCACAAUUCAAGCUGGAGAAACUAGAAUGCAGAAUUACAGAGAAACAGUGUGUCAUCCUGACUUCAGCUCUGAAAUCAAACCCGUCACACCUGAGAGAGCUGGACCUGAGCGGGAAUAAACUAGGAGACUCUGGAGUGAAAAACCUCAGUGAUCUACUGAUGAACCCACAAUUCAAGCUGGAGAAACUACAUCUGUAUGGAUGCAGUAUUACAGAGGAACAGUGUGUCAUCCUGACUUCAGCUCUGAAAUCAAACCCGUCACACCUGAGAGAGCUGGACCUGAGCUGGAAUGAACUAGGAGACUCUGGAGUGAAAAACCUCAGUGAUCUACUGAUGAACCCACAAUUCAAGCUGGAGAAACUACAUCUGAGUAGAUGCAGUAUUACAGAGAAACAGUGUGUCAUCCUGACUUCAGCUCUGAAAUCAAACCCGUCACACCUGAGAGAGCUGGACCUGAGCAGGAAUGAAAUAGGAAACACAGGAGUGAAAAACCUCAGUGAUCUACUGAUGAACCCACAAUUCAAGCUGGAGAAACUACAUCUGAGUUACUGCAGUAUUACAGAGAAACAGUGUGUCAUCCUGACUUCAGCUCUGAAAUCAAACCCGUCACACCUGAGAGAGCUGAACCUGAGCAGGAAUGAACUAGGAGACUCUGGAGUGAAAAACCUCAGUGAUCUACUGAUGAACCCACAAUUCAAGCUGGAGAAACUACAUCUGUAUGGAUGCAGUAUUACAGAGAAACAGUGUGUCAUCCUGACUUCAGCUCUGAAAUCAAACCCGUCACACCUGAGAGAGCUGAAACUGAGACUGAAUAAACUAGGAGACUCUGGAGUGAAAAACCUCAGUGAUCUACUGAUGAACCCACAAUUCAAGCUGGAGAAACUACAUCUGAGUAGAUGCAGUAUUACAGAGAAACAGUGUGUCAUCCUGACUUCAGCUCUGAAAUCAAACCCGUCACACCUGAGAGAGCUGAACCUGAGUGGGAAUAACAUAGGAAGCACAGGAGUGAAGCACUUAUGUGACAUACUGAAGGAUUCACACUGUAAACUGAAGAGAUUGAGGUUAAGAUACUGUGAAAUGACAGAUGAAGGUUGUUCUGCUCUGACUUCAGCUCUGAAAUCAAACCCAUCGCACCUGAGAGAGCUGAACAUGAGCUGGAAUAAACUAGGAGACUCUGGAGUGAAAAACCUCAGUGAUCUACUGAUGAACCCACAAUUCAAGCUGGAGAAACUGGAUCUGUAUGGAUGCAGUAUUACAGAGGAACAGUGUGUCAUCCUGACUUCAGCUCUGAAAUCAAACCCGUCACACCUGAGAGAGCUGGACCUGAGCUGGAAUAAACUAGGAGACUCUGGAGUGAAAAACCUCAGUGAUCUACUGAUGAACCCACAAUUCAAGCUGGAGAAACUAUAUCUGAGUAGAUGCAGUAUUACAGAGAAACAGUGUGUCAUCCUGACUUCAGCUCUGAAAUCAAACCCGUCACACUUGAGAGAGCUGGACCUCAGUGAGAAUAAACUAGGAGACUCAGGAGUGAAGCACUUAUGUGACAUACUGAAGGAUUCAUACUGUAAACUGGAGAGAUUGAGACUCUCUAACUGCAGUGUAACAGAAGAAGGUUAUAAAGCUCUUUCUUUAGCUCUGAGAUCAAACCCUUCACACCUGAUGGAGCUGGAUCUCCUAGGAAAUGAUCCUGGACUAUCAGGAGUGAAGGAGCUCAAUGAUUUACUACAUGAUCCAAACUGUCAACUGAAGACACUGAGGUUUUUGAGUGCUGCUGCAGAUGAAGCCUGUCAGUAUUUGAAUAGAGUUGUGGGUAAAAACUCGUUACUCCAGAGAGAGCUGAAUCUGAGUGAACAUGAACUAGGAGACACAGGAGUGAAUCAGAUCGCUGCUCUACUGCAGGAUAAACACUGUCAACUCAACAAACUGAUUCUGAGUUACUGCAGUAUUACAGAGAAACAGUGUGUCAUCCUGACUUCAGCUCUGAAAUCAAACCCGUUACACCUGAGAGAGCUGGACCUGAGCUGGAAUAAACUAGGAGACUCUGGAGUGAAAAACCUCAGUGAUCUACUGAUGAAUCCACAAUUCAAGCUGGAGAAACUAUCAUUAUCAUCACCACCAGUUUUCAUGCAUCUGAAUAUUUGCAGUAUUACAGAGAAACAGUGUGUCAUCCUGACUUCAGCUCUGAAAUCAAACCCGUCACACCUGAGAGAGCUGGACCUGAGCGGGAAUAAACUAGGAGUGAAAAACCUCAGUGAUCUACUGAUGAACCCACAAUUCAAGCUGGAGAAACUGGAUCUGAAUAGAUGCAGUAUUACAGAGAAAAAGUGUGUCAUCCUAACUUCAGCUCUGAAAUCAAAUCCGUCACACCUGAGAGAGCUGGACCUCAGUGAGAAUAAACUAGGAAACACAGGAGUGAAGCACUUAUGUGACAUACUGAAGGAUUCACACUGUAAACUGGAGAGAUUGAGACUCUCUAACUGCAGUGUAACAGAAGAAGGUUAUAAAGCUCUGGCUUCAGCUCUGAGAUUAAACCCUUCACACCUGAUAGAGCUGGAUCUCACAGGAAAUGAUCCUGGACAAUCAGGAGUGAAGGAGCUCAAUGAUUUACUACAGGAUCCAAACUGUCAACUGAAGACACUGAGGUUUUUGAGUGCUGCUGCAGAUGAAGCCUGUCAGUAUUUGAAUAGAGUUGUGGGUAAAAACCCGUUACUCCAGAGAGAGCUGAAUCUGAGUGAACAUGAACUAGGAGACACACAAGUGAAUCAGAUCGCUGUUCUACUGCAGGAUAAAUAUUGUCAACUCAACAAACUGAUCCUGAGUGAAUGCAGUAUUACAGAGAAACAGUGUGUCAUCCUGACUUCAGCUCUGAAAUCAAACCCGUCACACCUGAGAGAGCUGGACCUGAGCUGGAAUAAUCUAGGAGACUCUGGAGUGAAAAACCUCAGUGAUCUACUGAUGAACCCACAAUUCAAGCUGGAGAAACUAUCAUUAUCAUCACCACCAGUUUUCAUGCAUCUGAGUAUUUGCAGUAUUACAGAGAAACAGUGUGUCAUCCUGACUUCAGCUCUGAAAUCAAACCCGUCACACCUGAGAGAGCUGAACCUGAGCAGGAAUGAACUAGGAGACUCUGGAGUGAAAAACCUCAGUGAUCUACUGAUGAACCCACAAUUCAAGCUGGAGAAACUAGAUCUGAGUAGAUGCAGUAUUACAGAGAAACAGUGUGUCAUCCUGACUUCAGCUCUGAAAUCAAACCCGUCACACCUGAGAGAGCUGGACCUCAGUGAGAAUAAAAUAGAAAACACAGGAGUGAAGCACUUAUGUGAAGUACUGAAGGAUUCACACUGUAAACUGGAGAGAUUGAGACUCUCUAACUGCAGUGUAACAGAAGAAGGUUAUAAAGCUCUGGCUUCAGCUCUGAGAUCAAACCCUUCACACCUGAUAGAGCUGGAUCUCACAGGAAAUGAUCCUGGACAAUCAGGAGUGAAGGAGCUCAAUGAUUUACUACAGGAACCAAAUAGUCAACUGAAGACACUGAGGUUUUUAAGUGCUACUGCAGAUGAAGCCUGUCAGUAUUUGAAUAGAGUUGUGGGUAAAAACCCGUUACUGCUGAGAGAGCUGAAUCUGAGUGAACGUGGACUAGGAGACAGACGAGUGAAUCAGAUCGCUGCUCUACUGCAGGAUAAACACUGUCAACUCAACACACUGAUUCUGAGUGACUGCAGUAUUACAGAGAAACGGUGUAUCAUCCUGACUUCAGCUCUGAAAUCAAACCCGUCACACCUGAGAGAGCUGAACCUGAACUGGAAUAAUCUAGGAGACUCUGGAGUGAAAAAACUCAGUGAUCUACUGAUGAACCCACAAUUCAAGCUGGAGAAACUGGAUCUCAGUGAAUGCAGUAUUACAGAGAAACAGUGUGUCAUCCUGACUCCAGCUCUGAAAUCAAACCCGUCACACCUGAGAGAGCUGAACCUGAGCGGGAAUAAACUAGGAGACUCUGGAGUGAAAAACCUCAGUGAUCUACUGAUGAAGCCACAAUUCAAGCUGGAGAAACUACAUUUGAGUGAAUGCAGUAUUACAGAGAAACAGUGUUUCAUCCUGACUUCAGCUCUGAAAUCAAACCCGUCACACCUGAGAGAGCUGGACCUGAGUGAGAAUGAAAUAGGAAACACAGGAGUGAAGCUCUUAUGUGACGUACUGAAGGAUUUACAUUGUAAACUGGAAAAAUUGAGUCUAUAUAACUGUGGCAUUACAGAUGUUUCUUCUUUAACUCAGUCUUUGACUAACUCAAAAGCACUGCAGUUUUUAAAAGAGCUUGAUCUGAGACACGAUAUGAUAGGAGACUCAAAGCAGCGGCUCAGAGACGUGCUACGAGACUCAAACUGUGUCCUGAGAGUAGAUAAGGAUCAAUCACCAGACGUCUCUGAACAAGUUAAAUCACCAAAAGUCUCUGAUGGAUGCUUUAUAUUAUAGUUUGAAAUCAUCACGAGAGGAACAGUAAUCAUCAGUCUGAGUGUUUGCAGUAUUACAGAGAAACAGUGUGUCAUCCUGACUUCAGCUCUGAAAUCAAACCCGUCACACCUGAGAGAGCUGAACCUGAGUGGUAAUAAAGUAGGAGA